UUGCUAGACUCCCAAUGCUACAGGAGAGACUACACCUCCUAUGAGGCCAUGACUGUGCCAAUGGCUGAGGCUCUUGGGAAAUAUUGGUGAAUGUUAACAAAAUUGUCAUUUUAUCUUAAUUUAUUAAUUUUAGUUGAUGAGGUGCCCAAAUUUUACCUGUGGCUCUUUUCAAAAAGACAGAUGAAAGAAACCCUCUAUGAGAAAACCCCACUCAGUUACACAAAGCUGUGGAGCAGAGACUAGCUAGAAGCUGGUGUUUCAUUAUGCGGCGGGGGGAGCACUUCCCACAGGCUUUCCAGGCCCCGGUGGAUGUCCAUGCCAGUGCAGAUGGCCAGGUUUACAUGUUCAAUAGGAGACCAAAUGAGUCUACUGUAUCCUCAGAUGAUGAUGAUGAUGAGGAGCUCAAUGUUAUGGAGUUGAAGCCGCGGGUUUUCCAAGAGCAGGAGCCAAACAGACUGAGGGAUGUCCAGCUGCUGGAGCGGCAGGUGUUAGAUGGUGACAAUCUCAACAAGCUUGCACUGCAAUAUGGCUGCAAGGUGGCAGAUAUAAAGCGGGUGAACAACCUUAUGCAGGAACAAGAUUUAUUUGCACUGAAAUAUAUCAAAAUACCUGUUAAGAAACACAGCUUUUUAACCGAGACUUACACAGACCUAAGUGACCCUCAAGAAGAAAUGCCACAUUCAUCUACCGAACCAGUGAAGCCUCAGAACAGAGCCAGAGCCCAACCCCAUCUACAGGAGGUCACAGACUUUCUAAUGGAGGUGGACCAGGAUAUUGAGAAACUGAUUCAGACCACAAACGAUCAAGAUGAGGAUUUCUUGGAUAACUCAGAGAAACAGCAACGGUUUGGUUUCAGAGGACAGCGCCUGACUGGUCAUGGUGCAGACUGGGGCAUCCAGUGGUGGAACGCUGUAGUUGCCAUGCUCCUUAUAGGCAUCGUCCUGCCAUUGUUUUAUGUAAUUUAUUUCAAAACAAAAGAUAACGGAGUAGUUUCACCAACAGAUGGUAGUGGCGCUUUACUGUCAUCAAUCACCUCUUCAAAUGCCUCAGGGACGGGCCUUGGUACACAAGCACCUGAGCAUUUUCGAGAACCAGGAUAGUGCAGGCUUGAGUCUCAGAAAACCAGAAUCAUUUUUAAGACUUUUGUGUUAGAUGGUCUCAGAAGUAGAUGACAAUCAAGAUCAAGCCAAAUCUCUUAAAAACGUUUUAACUCAGUAAAAUACCACCAUGUGUCUAGUUUCCACCAGUGCAUUUCACCUUUUAUUUUAUAUUAUAACUGUGAUGCUUGAGGCAGAUACUUAAAUUAUUGUCUUGAAGUGAAAUAGCUGCAAACAGCUUUCAUAGAGUACAGUUUCCUGAAAUAUUACUCUUGAUACUGUUGGUCCUUUGCUUCAAAAAGCUUUUGAUGUUGGUUGAGAUUACAGUUCCUCAGGUGCAUAACUAAAUGUGCGGUAUUAAACGGUUGUGUCAUGAACCUCUUCACAUGACACAAGCUGAAAUAUAAUUGGAAAUGGAAAAUGUAUUCUGUAUGUUUGGGAAAAGAAAUGUCUGUGUAAGCUUUACCACAACCUGUCUUUCCACCAGUGCCUGUUGUCAGUAUCACAUCAUGAACUGUCAUCAUAUCAUUGUCAUAAAUUGAGCCCAAUCUUGAUAUCUGUCCCAAUAAAGUAAUAUAUUUUUAAACUUUUGCCAAAAAUUAUGAAAUGGGAGAUAUAGUGUGUUCCCCUGUUUUCAAAACCCUGUGAGGUUAAACUGUAUUUGACAUGGGUUUGAGUGUUAUUUGUGUGCCUUGUUUGCUAUAACUUAUUUUUUCUGUCUGUGUUCAUUGUUAAGUUAUUGCCAUGCACCUCAUGCCUUCUCUCUGGGUCUGAAUACAGCGCCACAAGUGUAAAUUGUGUUUACAGUAAGAAUUUGGUGCAAUAUCCUUUAUCUUGUUAGAUUGUGUGUGUGUGUGUGUUCAUUUGACACCUUGCAAUCUUUGAAAUACAAGAAUGCAUUGAAAAUGACAUUUAGUCAUCUAUAGUUCCCCGAAUGAAGUGUGAGAUAUUCAAAGUGCCUUUAAUCAUCUUUGCCAGGUUUUAUUGCGCACUCCAUCUUACAUUGUUUGAUAUGUAAUUGAGUCCACCAUGAACAGGUGGUGAAUUUGUGUGGCUUGUCCAAUGCACUUUUUAAAGUCUGAUGUAUUUUAAUUUAAUGAAACCAGGAAAAGUUAUUUUGUUGACAUAUUUUACAAACAUUUGAAUUUGUAAAUGACUAGAUGAUUACAUGAUGGAUGUGCAAGAAUGUUUUUUUCUUCAGCAUGUUCCUAUUUGAAUACAAACGUCAUAGUGUGAAAGUAUUCUCUGA